AUGACGCAAGGGGAUGGCACAAGAGUGGACGCCGUCUGCACAUACAGAAAGGAGCCCUCAGACCCGACCUUGGACAGGGUGAGCCUCUACCACCAAGUGAGCAACAAGACCAAAGGCAUCAUGCAGCUGGGUCCCUACAGCCUGGACAAGGACAGUCUCUACGUCAACGGUUACAAUGAACAGCCAGUCCUGCCUGCUCCCACCCAUGCACCAACGACACCUGCAGCCCUCGACCAUUUCACCAUCAACUUCACCAUCACCAAUCUCCCCUACAAUUCUGACCUAGCCACUCCGGGAUCAGCAAAGUUCAACACUACAAGGAGAGUCAUGACCACCUUGCUCAACCGGCUCCUGCAGGGAAGCAGCAUUGGCCCCGCGUUCCUGGGAUGUGCAAAGACAGCUUUCAGUGCUGUAUCUUCCAGGCCCAUGAAACAAGGGGAUGGCACAAGAGUGGACGCCGUCUGCACAUACAGAAAGGAGCCCUCGGACCCGACCUUGGACAGGGUGGGCCUCUACCACCAAGUGAGCAACAAGACCAAAGGCAUCACGCAGCUGGGUCCCUACAGCCUGGACAAGGACAGCCUCUACGUCAACGGUUACAAUGAACAGCCAGUCCUGCCUGCUCCCAGCCAUGCACCAACGACACCUGCAGCCCUCGACCAUUUCACCAUCAACUUCACCAUCACCAAUCUCCCCUACAAUUCUGACCUAGCCACUCCGGGAUCAGCAAAGUUCAACACUACAAGGAGAGUCAUGAACAACUUGCUUGACCAGCUUCUGCAGGGAACCAGCAUUGGCCCCGCUUUCCUUGGAUGUGAAACGAAAGCUUUCAGGCCCAUGACGCAAGGGGAUGGCACAAGAGUGGACGCCGUCUGCACAUACAGAAAGGAGCCCUCGGACCCGACCUUGGACAGGGUGGGCCUCUACCACCAAGUGAGCAACAAGACGAAAGGCAUCACGCAGCUGGGUCCCUACAGCCUGGACAAGGACAGCCUCUACGUCAACGGUUACAAUGAACAGCCAGUCCUGCCUGCUCCCACCCAUGCACCAACGACACCUGCAGCCCUCGACCAUUUCACCAUCAACUUCACCAUCACCAAUCUCCCCUACAAUUCUGACCUAGCCACUCCGGGAUCAGCAAAGUUCAACACUACAAGGAGAGUCAUGACCACCUUGCUUGACCAGCUUCUGCAGGGAACCAGCAUUGGCCCCGCUUUCCUUGGAUGUGAAACGAAAGCUUUCAGGCCCAUGACGCAAGGGGAUGGCACAAGAGUGGACGCCGUCUGCACAUACAGAAAGGAGCCCUCGGACCCGACCUUGGACAGGGUGGGCCUCUACCACCAAGUGAGCAACAAGACGAAAGGCAUCACGCAGCUGGGUCCCUACAGCCUGGACAAGGACAGCCUCUACGUCAACGGUUACAAUGAACAGCCAGUCCUGCCUGCUCCCAACCAUGCACCAACGACACCUGCAGCCCUCGACCAUUUCACCAUCAACUUCACCAUCACCAAUCUCCCCUACAAUUCUGACCUAGCCACUCCGGGAUCAGCAAAGUUCAACACUACAAGGAGAGUCAUGACCACCUUGCUCAACCGGCUCCUGCAGGGAAGCAGCAUUGGCCCCGCGUUCCUGGGAUGUGCAAAGACAGCUUUCAGGUUUGGAGUGUGGCUGAGUGUGCCUUUGCAUGUCCCAAGAUCUGAUGAUGGGGCCCAUCAGUAUCUUUCCCUCUUCCUGCCUCUACUUAGGAGUCCAGGUGUGCUCACUGAUGCUCUCCUGCUUUAG